AUGUUGCUACUAGUUCUUUGCUUUUUGAUGAGCGCUCUCGCUGCACAAUGCAAGGGGCACCAGCACUCCAACUGCGCAACCGGCUGGUGCAGGGCGGUCCGUGGCGUCGAGGUCUGUAUGAGGUGCAAAGCGGGCCACGUGCUGAUCGACGGAGUGUGCGCUGAUAACUCUGUUGUCUACGGCGCGGGGUCCGCCUGCCAGAUUCUAAACUGCAAGCAGUGUAACGCGGACAACACGCAGUGCGAGCAGUGCGAGGACGGAUACACGCCGAGCGCCGGGAAUACCCAGUGCAACGAGAACCCAGAAGCGCGGUGCAAUACUCCCAACUGUAAGACCUGUGACAACCCCAAAACAGGCAAUGAAAUCUGCACUAAAUGUAAUGAUGGCGACUACCUCACCCCUACAAACCAGUGCGCACAUGACUGCACAGCCAUCAGCGGAUACUACGGAGAUACUGACAAGAAGUGUAAGCCAUGCAGCCCUGAGUGCGCUGAGUGCGUUGGGCCAGCCAACAAUCAGUGUAGUGCUUGUCCUGCAGGCAAGGCAUUAACAUAUGGAGGUGGUGAUCCUGCCCAAGGGGGCACCUGCGGGGAUGCGUGUACGGCGGACAAGAACGGAUGUAAGGUCUGUGGGGCAAGGAUCGGCGGGACAGACUACUGCUCCCAGUGCUCAGUGGGUACUCAGGCUCCUCUGAACGGGGUCUGUACGGCCAACGCGCGUGCUCAGUUCUGCACACAAGUUACCAGUGGAUCCUGCACGUCUUGUAGUGGGGGCUACUUCCUCAAGAAUGGUGGCUGUUACCAGGCAGAUAGACAGCCAGGCAAACAGAUAUGUACACUAGCUGAUAGCAAUGGUGGAUGUCAGGCGUGUGCCAAUGGUCUUCCUCCUAGUUCUUCUGACGUAUGCCCCUCGUGUCAUUUCACCUGCAAGACAUGCUCGACCGCAGACAUUGCAAAUACUUGUACAACGUGUGCAACUGGGUACUACAUGGUCGGAUCAGGGCCAAACACAUGUAUUUCGUGUGAAAGUGACAGUGGAAGUGUCAAGGGAGUUGCUGGCUGCAUGAGCUGCGCUCCUCCAUCUAGCAAUACUGGCUCCGUUCUCUGCUACCUCAUGAACGGUGACAGUGCCGGCGGGAGCACGAAUAAGAGCGGCCUUAGCACAGGUGCCAUCGCUGGCAUCUCUGUGGCUGUCAUCGUCGUCGUCGGGGGACUCGUCGGCUUCCUCUGCUGGUGGUUCAUCUGCAGGGGCAAAGCGUAG